UUUGUACACAAAACCAGCCAGCGGCAGCCACGGGAUGACAGGACAGGCGUGACGAAAGAUAAGCUUAGUUACGGGUGACCUGCCACGCCUUUGAUCACUUCGUGGUACUAAACAUUUCCAAAAAUAGUGUAAACACCCUUGAAAACACCGUAGUUUGGGUUUGCAGGAAUGGGAAAGUACAAAAGGCUCCCAGAAAAUUACUUCAAGCUCACUAACCCUGUGGUGAUCUCCGUGGUGUGUGUUGGGUUGUAUUUGUUGCUGAUGGCAUGGUUGGACCCUGAGAACAUAUCUCCAACAUUCUUUGGCCGUGUUGCUAACCUUGCCACAUGGCUUGGAUUGGAGUACAACAAUGCCGUCAAGCAAAUAUUUCUCUCUACAGUGGCAAUUCAUGUAGGUGAGAUGAUUGCAUCAGUUUACUACUGCCAGAAGCUGAAACUGAACUCUACUGUAACACUUGCCUGGAUGGUGCAGACACUUUUCCUCGGUAUAUUCUCUCUAUGGUACCUCAUCUGGCCUAAGAGAGAAAUUAAAGAAGUUCCUAAAUCUAAAGAAACUGAUUGAUAGGUCAUCCCUGGAAACUGCCAUGCAAAGGAGCAUUGCUUGCUAAAACAGCACAAUAAUGUUUGUAGACAAAUGGUAUCCAUUAUUAAUAUGACAUGUGGUUUGUGAUUUAGUAAAAUAAUGGCAGAAGUUAAUUUUGGUAAUUCAGUCAGGGCCUAUGAUUGCUUUUUUUUCUUUUCCUUUUUUUUUUUUUUUCUCUCUUUCUCUCCAUAUGAAGGGGAUACCUGUUUUAUAGUAAUCCAUGAUCUCAGUACCUGUAAACUUCAACUACCUAUUCAUGAAUCAGUGGAAUUACUUAGUACUCUGAUAAAAAAAAUAAAGAGACAGGUUUUUAUAUAGUAAA